CUGAGAAGAGUAUUGCAAAAAAACCAUCACGCCAAAAGAAACUCCCUAUUCUCUCUCACACACUAUGCGUGUAAAUCUCAUCUCGAGCGUCUCCGAUUGAUAUUCUUCCAGAAGAUUCGUUUAUGCUUUUGUUCGGCGUUCGAUCGACGGUCAGCAGGUUGACGGAAAACUGACGUCAUUCUGACAGAAUUUGAAGUCCUCCCUUUUGACUGGACAUUCUCAUACUAAACGUGCCGUUGGAAAAUGGUAGCCGGAAAAUGAUUAAAAUCUCCAGAAAAAAUCAGCGGCUUUGAAAUAUCGUUCAUCAUCCAUUCCUUACCCCAUGAAGAUCCAGCCCAUCGAUUUCAACCGGCCGCUCGAGCCUCAGGCAAAACCAAUGCUUAAAUUGAAAUUCAAGCGGUUUUUCGAGAGACCUUUUUCCGGCGUGUUGAGAGCAUCGGCCCAAGAUAAGCCUCCGGCGCCUCAUAACUGGAGCAAGGACUGCUCGGAGGAGUUCGAGCCUAGCUCGGUUUGCCUGGCAAAAAUGGUUCAGAAUUUUAUCGAGGAGACCAACGAUAGGUGUGGGAGGAAAAAAUGCAAUUGCUUCAAUGGAAGCUGCACAGAUAGCUCCGAUGAGGAUCCUCACAAUUGUUCAGAAUCGUGCAAUUGUUCCUCUGGCCACGCAUUCGAUGUUCUCAAGAGUCUGGUCCCCUGCUCGAGCGCCUCCGAGAGGAAUCUGCUAGCCGACACUGCGAAAAUCGUUAAUAGAAACAAAAUCGGUAAGCGAAAAGAUGAAUUUUGCAGAAAAAUUGUGGCAGAUGGCCUAAUUGCUCUUGGGUACAAAGCUUCAAUCUGCAGAUCAAAAUGGGAGAAAACCCCCUCUUUCAUUGCUGGGGAAUAUGAAUAUGUGGAUGCAACAAUCGAAGGCGGUGAACGGGUGAUAAUCGACAUCGAUUUUCGAUCGGAGUUCGAAAUCGCGAGGCCCACCAAGGCAUACCGACAGAUCCUCCAAACUCUUCCCAACAUAUUUGUGGGGAAAGCCGAACGUCUUGAGAAAAUCGUAACCUUGGUGUCCGAAGCUGCCAAACAGAGCCUUAAGAAGAGAGGCAUGCCCGUGCCACCAUGGCGUAAGGCCGGUUACGUGAAGGCUAAAUGGCUCUCGACUUUCAUUCGACUCGGCUCGAAUAUUUGUAACGGUGAUGAAUCCGUGUUUGGUUUUUCUGAUGGUAACAGCCCUUGUGAAGGGGAUGAUGGGGCCAAGAAGGCAUUGAUGAGAAAAUGGGAGCCAUUGGAGAUUAAGCCUAAGAACCUUAACAGGGGAGUGAAGUUAGUGACUGGUCUAGCUUCUAUAAUUGAGAAUAAACCCUAAAAUUUUUUGGUCCUUAAUUUGUUGUUUUGAUUUUUUGUUUUAAUUUUUUUUUUUU